GGUAUGAUACUCGAACAACAGCGGAAAAUGGGUUCAACUGUGGUGACGUCAGACGCAAAAGAGCGUCGCUGUAUUUUCCUCAUCGAUCGCAGGUGUCUCUACCGGCCAUCACGAAGGAGUUACGUACUUAGAAUGUCAUUGGGAGCGAUUGCCUCUGUGAUCCUCGCUAUAGGAGGAGCCGCAAUGUUUUCUGCUCUUCAUAAGAUUGAGGAAGGACAUGUGGGUGUUUACUACAGAGGUGGAGCUCUGCUGACCGCCACCAGUGGCCCUGGAUUUCACCUGAUGCUGCCGUUCAUUACUACAUUCAAAUCUGUACAGACAACUCUACAAACAGAUGAAGUAAAGAAUGUUCCAUGCGGCACAAGUGGAGGUGUAAUUAUCUAUUUUGAUCUCAUUGAGGUGGUGAACUACCUUGCUCCCUCAGCAGUUUAUGGCAUUGUGAGAAACUUCACUGCAGACUAUGACAAAGCCCUGAUUUUCAACAAGGUUCACCAUGAGCUGAAUCAGUUCUGUAGUGUGCACUCACUUCAGGAGGUCUACAUAGGUCUAUUUGAUCAAAUAGACGAGAAUCUAAAGCUCACGCUGCAGGAGGAUCUCACCAGCAUGGCACCUGGACUCAUCAUUCAGGCAGUCCGUGUUACCAAACCAAACAUUCCAGAAAGCAUUCGCAGGAACUAUGAACUAAUGGAGAGUGAGAGGACAAAGUUACUGAUUGCGGCUCAGACACAGAAGGUGGUAGAGAAGGAGGCAGAGACAGAGAGGAAAAAGGCUAUCAUUGAGGCAGAGAAGGUGGCUCAGGUGGCUGAAAUCAAAUAUGGCCAGAAAGUUAUGGAAAAGGAAACAGAGAAAAAGAUAUCAGAAAUUGAAGACAGCGCUUUCCUUGCUCGGCAGAAAACAAAAGCAGAUGCAGAUUUCUACACCGCACAGAGAGCAGCUGAGGCCAAUAAGCUCAAGCUGACCCCUGAAUAUCUCCAGCUGAUGAAAUUUAAGGCAAUAGCAGCGAAUAGUAAGAUUUACUUUGGAAGUGAGAUCCCUAACAUGUUUAUGGACUCAGGACCAGGAAGCUCCUCCUCCGCUGCCUCCAAAGCCAUAGAUGCCCUCUCAGAGGGGAUACUGGACUUGGAAUGACAAGAGAUGGGGUAGAACUCUGGGUUGUAGCACUGAGGAUAAAUUAACAGGUAAUGAAAGAGACUAAUGGCCAGUCAGUAGACUGCAUUGGUACAAUCAGUGCAACUGAAACCACUUCAGUAAAGUAACAUGGUGCUUUAUCAGUGGGACAGAAACACCUGCAUUUAUACCCUAGUGAUUUGAUCACAAGCCAGUGGUGCUUGAACAGAGUAUUAUACUUUUCAAUAGAACGGAAUGUGGCGGUUUAAAUUUGAAUCUGAGAAUGUACGCACAAGAUUUGUGCAUGUUUUAAGAUACAUCAAGUUUAUAAAAUGAAACUGUCAUUACAUUUCUCUACCACAAUUUUUUUUUUUUUUUUUUUACACUGAGGGAUUGGUUUAUGUACUUAAUAGGCAUCUUAGCAUCUUGAAGGCUCUUAUACCUCAGGGAUUCUUUAAUUGGGUUUACUUUAAAUGACUUUUUUCCUUGUACAAGCCCCUCAGAAUUAAAGAGUAUGUACUAGAUUAGGAUUUUUUUAAACUUUGUUGCCAUUUGUUUUGCAUUUUCACUUAAUUCCGAAACCUCCCCGAUUGAUGGAACUAAUUUACUGAGAAAAUCUUUCGAGAGAUAAUUUGUAGUGAGAACAUAGUUGUGUAAACCUACAGCAAUGGUCAUGUGGUAACAGUGUAGCAUAAAGCUUAUAAAGUUAAAUAUAGAAGUAAUGCAUCAUAUAUAUAUAAAAAUAGCAUGUGCAGAUUUUUAGUAGUUUUAACGCAGCAAGAAAUUUUCUCUCCUAAGCAAUGUACAGUACACUAUAUAGCGAUGCCCCCUUUAAAUUAGCAAGUGUUUUUUGCCUUUUCUAGUACGCAUGCAGCACUGAUAAGCCCAGAGAUCUCAUGGACCUCCCAGUUCUUCUGUCACUUUCAUAUUUCCAAGGAUUUGAGUGUUGACUGCAUCAAUAAUUAGUCUGUCUUAGUCUGGUCAUUGACCUUUACAAAUUAGCAUGUCUGUGGGCUGUUUCUCACUCAUGGAAUGUUUAUUCUACUUUAGUUUGUUAGUUAUGUUUGGAAUAUGUUCCAUAAAUGAUUUCCAUUUCCCCUAAACUCAAGUUCUAUUACAAAAUAUACAGGCAUUUUUUUGUUCAGUGUUUAAAUUAGUUACAUAUGAAGCUCAUGUACAGUGUACCUCAUUCUAGUACCUCCAGAUAUAACUCAAGUGGAUUAAUAGCUUGAAGUCAGGUAUGUACAUGUUAACAGUCAUAUAUAUCUGGAACUUAAAGGAAGAAAUUUUUCACUCAUGUACCAUAUAAAUGUUCCUAAAAAAGAGCAGCAUACCUCAUAUUUGUACAUUUGAAAUUAUAUAUUGAUCUCAUUAGUGUUACUGUCUUUGAAAGUUGGACAGCUUUGAUUUAGUUCUUUUGAGAACUUUAGUGAGACUUUUUCAAAGGGUAUGUUUAUUUUAACACAGAUGUGUUUUGGCAGAGAAUUGCUUUGUUUUACACAUUGUAGCAGAUUGUGUAAUACUUUGUUUAAAACCUCAGAGACUCGUCAGAACUUCCCAAAGAUUUUUACUGUUCAUGUCUGUUUUGCUGGAACACUUGAGUGUGUGUAGAAUCACUGUCUUUUUUGUCAAGUGUGUUGUCAAGUUCACAGUUUCUUUAUAUAAACGUACAUUAACAGUACUUAAAAAUUGGCUAUGUAUUAGGUGGGUAAUUGUUUAUACAGUAAAGUUUUUUUUUUCUUAUUAUGUCUUUGUGUUCAGUUUAAAAAAAAAAAAAAAAAAAAUUCAGGUGACAUCUUAAAAAACAUGCUUGGUACAAGUAGUUCAGUGUUCGCUUUUACAUUUAAUAAAGACUUGAAUGCUAUAUGAAAGGCGAUCAAUAAUAAUGAUUAUUAUUAUUAUUCUAUUGUUUUUUUGUUGUUGUUGUUUGUUUUUUGUUUUUUGCCAUGGCAUAACAUUAAAGGUAAAAUUGAUUUAAGGAGAA